AUGGAAUACCAUAAGUCUCCAAGUCUAACAAGUAGCAGUGAUUUGAAAACUUGUUUCACUGAAACAAUUUCCAGAAUCGAUACAGACAUACUAUCAAAGGCGGACUUAAAUCACAGCUGUAGUUGCAGUCCUCAGGAUGAGUACAUAGUGUGGAGGAGUUUUACAAUUGGUGAUGGAUUUCAGAGUUUGCUCCCUGUUGCCAUAUGGGGAAAUGAUACUGGAUUGCUUCCAAUGCGACCCAUUCUCUUAACGAAUCCUACACUCAGAGUCCCUUUGAUAAAGCCUUCACCUUUCGCGAAUGGGAAUGCAAUUCGCGGAAACAGAUUUUUGGAGGAAAUCAUGGAAGCAUUCAAACAAAAACUUCAUUUUAGUUAUAGAUUUUUGAUACCUCCGAAAACUUCAAAGGACAGGAAGCCUGGCUAUAACUGGACAGAGGCCAUCGAAUUGCUGAUGAGGGGCGAAGCAGAUAUGAUACCAUUUAUGCCUAUGAAUUUACAACACGAUGCUAUAGAAUUUACUAGACCAAUUGCUUACACCUCACAAGGGAUGCUCGUUUCUUCUCCAAAAGAACCCUCCAGAGCUUUCAUGUACUUUAGAUUCUAUCAGAAGGAGGUUUGGAUUUCACUACUCAUGACGACUUUUACUGUCACCUUCAUCAUGAAAAAAAUGAUCAGAUGCCCUGCAUCUAUUGAAAAGCCUAUGUCUUAUUUUAGAUGCUUCUGGUUGAUAUUUGGCUCUUUGCUUCAACAAGGAAGCCCACAGCUGCCUCGUACAUCUUCCUGUCGCAUCAUCUUGGCGACCUGGUGGCUCUCGGUGAUAGUUAUCACAACGACUUACAGUGGAAAUCUAGUCGCUUUUCUAAUCUCAAACCAGAAAGAAUACAUCGUGAAUUCCCUGGAGGAAUUGCCGAAUCACAAAACAGUUAAGCUUGCCAUCAAUGAAGAAUCUGCCAUCUGGGAAAACAUCAAGGUUCCGCAAAAUGAAUUAUUUAAAAGGAUUCAUAAGAUAUAUUGGAAAAAUUCAAAUCGGUUUCUGAGCUACACCUCCGAGACAUGGAAUAAAAAUAUUUUGAUUGGUGUAGCUGAAGGCAACACUGUUUUGAUCGAUGACAUUAAUACCCUCAAUGAAGAGAGAACGAAACAUAAUAAGAAUGAUACUCUCUGCGAUUUUGCUUUUGUACCGGAACAGUUUGCAAGCAUGCCUUUGGCUUUUGGACUGAGGAAAGGGUCCUCCCUCCUGCAGUCUAUUAAUAACGAAUUCCAGAAAAUGAUGGAAAAUGGACUCCUAGAUCAUUGGAAGCACCGACACGACUUUAAAUUUGACUGUUCUAAUGAAAUAGAUCGCAUUAACUCUGAUAAGCGACCACUGACAACUGACGACCUACAAGGACCUUUCUACUUAUUGUUGCUUGGAGCAGUUUCGGGGAUAAUUCUUCUUGGAACUGAAACAAUUUAUAGCAAAUUAACUCAAAAAGCUGGAUAUAAAAUCAAAAACUUGGUUACGAAAAGUCAUGAAUGGAGCAUUUAUUCGUAA